GCAGUCCAAUCAUCUAGAUGAAUCAUAUCUACACCACAUAUAGUUACUGGAAAAAAUCAGGAGCGUUAUAGUAUUGAGGCUGAUGGUCAUUGCAGGACAUCUUUGUGCACAUCCUCCAUUGGUUCUGUCACGUUGAGGGAUUGUUAUCUUGACUGAAGCUUUGACCUGCUGCUGCUGCUGCUGCUGCUACAGCACGAAAACAGCUGCUGAACAAUGGGGCAGCGGCGUGAGGGGAGGGGGGGGCACGAACAACGCUCCAAAUAGGGCAAAGGCCAGCUGCGUUAGGUCCAGAUGUGACCGUGGACCCGGACUCCCCGUGAGCGCAUGAUCCCGCUCCGGCAGGCAGCGUUAGUUCUGUUCUAAAAAAAAUGCGACGCGCAUACCUGCCACCGAAACAGCGACAGCCCAAAAAGAGCCGCAGGCGCUACAAUGCUAAUGUUGUCGGGGGCUUUGACUUCUCCCAGCCACUGCAAAGAAGCCGCUCCGUGUGACAGGCACGGCGCCGCCGCUCUCCCUCCCGGUCUGCCGCUUUUCACGCCUUUUUCCCCUCCGCACAUUUUUAGCAGGUGAGUUGCGAGAAGAGAGAGAGAGAGAGAGAAAAAUAGAGAAAGAGAGAGAGCGGGGGGAAAAAAAGGAAGAAAAAAGAAAAGCCGAUCUUCUGAACGUUUACAUUAGUAGUGCAAGUAAUGGACGAAACGGAUAUCAUGGAUCUGACGCAUCAGAAGGCGAAGAAGCGACCGCGUCCAAUCAGUUCCGUGGACGAGACGGUGCACGCUUCGCUCAAGCGGCUGCCGAUGCGAGCGGCGGAGUGCAGGGAGCCCUCCUUGAUGUUCGCUGUCAGAGGAGAGCCUGUCCCUGCAGCGUCUCUCAAGCAGAAUGACCACUCGGUGACUUCCUCCCCAACCACAGUGAUGCCCGCACAGGAUAAUCGCUCCAGCAUGUCCAGACCCAUGAUCACCCGGUCACCAGUGUCUCCCUUGAGUAACCAGGGCAUCCCCACACCUGCACAACUCACCAAGUCCAACGCCCCUGUGCACAUUGACGUAGGCGGCCACAUGUACACCAGCAGUCUGGCCACCCUGACCAAAUUUCCCGAAUCCCGAAUCGGUCGUCUCUUUGAUGGCACAGAGCCCAUAGUCCUGGACAGCCUCAAGCAGCACUACUUCAUUGAUAGGGAUGGACACAUGUUCCGCUACAUUCUCAACUUCCUCAGGACGUCCAAGCUCCUCAUUCCAGACGACUUCAAAGACUACAGCCUGUUGUAUGAGGAGGCCCGGUACUUCCAGCUCCAGCCCAUGCUUGCCGAGUUGGAGCGCUGGCGCCAGGACCAGGAGCUGGGUCGGGUCUCCCGGCCCUGCGAGUGCCUAGUUGUGCGCGUGGCACCCGAUCUGGGCGAGAGGAUCACCCUCAGCGGCGACAAGGCCCUGAUUGAGGAUGUUUUCCCAGAAAUCGGGGAUGUCAUGUGCAACUCGGUCAACGCCGGAUGGAACCAUGACUCCACGCAUGUCAUACGCUUCCCAUUGAAUGGCUACUGUCACCUCAACUCUGUCCAGGUUCUGGAGCGUCUCCAGCAGCGCGGCUUCGAGAUUGCUGGCUCCUGCGGCGGAGGCGUGGACUCAUCCCAAUUCAGCGAGUAUGUCCUGAGGAGGGAACUGAGGAGGACAAGUCAGCGAGGACCCAAUUCAAACAGGAUAAAGCAAGAGCAGCUGGACUAGAGACCUCCAGGGCAGCAGGAGGUGCUAGACUUUUCUGUGGCAGCCAAACAACUGGCGCUGCAGAGCUCUCUGGACUCUUGUUUUUCUUCAUUUCCUUGUUGAUGUUUCUGUUUUCUUAACACUUGAGAACCACAUAGAGAAUAAAAAUGAAGUGCUACAGGAGAUUUUUUGCCAUACAAAGAUACGAGGCAUUUGAUAACUUUGAGAUUGCAAAGACAUUUGUGAUUGUCUAGUUCCCCAUACACAAGUUCAAAAAAGUAUUUAUAUAUUAUGCUGGAUCCCCAAACAAAGUUUGUUUUAAAACUUGGAGCCUACAUUAGGUCAAAACAUUUGAUUUCUAACUUACUCAUAUAAAUUAAAAGUUUUAUUGCUGAAGUGGUGUGUUGCAUAGCUUGUCGUCAGUGAGUGUUUAUGUUGUCUCACUAGCAUAAUACAAAAUUUUUUUCCCCUCCAAGACUUUUUUGCUGCUGAAAGAGCAGAAUCUUUCAGAUUUUAUCAGCCUCUAGGGUCAAUAAAGCAUCUUUUUCACAACUGACAUGUACAGAUAAUCCAGUGAAGUCGUGUCAAUGAAAUUAGCCAUCAAGGACAAUACAAACGCAGUGAAAAUAAUUAUUUUUGUACAUUAUUGUCACACCAUUUGCCUCGCAGGGUAGUAUGAACCACCAUUAUUCCGCGUGAUACUUUAGACUUGUUUCAUUGGAAUCUUUUUUUUUUUUUUUUCUCAGUCACAAUCUGUAAAUUUUCAUUGUAUGUCUUAGUGUUUUUUACAUUGAAUCUUUUUAAAGCAAGUUUCUUGCCUCAGACAUGACUGAACAGAUUAAAAGCUUAUUGUACUAUCCAAACUGAGAUGACUUGUAUUUGUAGCACAUUAUUGAUAUGAAGUUGGAUAUAAAGUAUUUCUAAGAUUACUGAAACAACUACGCUAAUUAGAUUUAAGAGGAAUGUAGCGGGGAAAAAAAUGUGAAAUAAAUCUCAGCUAAAAUUGUAA